AUGACUGAUGAAUUUGAUAUAUAUAAUGACGACAAUUUCGGUGCGAAUGGAGACCCACAUGACGACUUGUAUGCAGAGAUAUUAGAAGAUGAUGAUAGUCGUCCACUAAAGCGCAGUAGGAGAGAUAAUGACCUUAGUUAUGAUCACCCAGAUAUUCAUUCUGGUGUACAAGAAGAAAAGGACGGUGAUGAUGAUUUGUUCGCAGAUUUCGGGGAAGGUGAAAAGGAAAAAAGGAUGUAUAGCGAUGAAAUUUUAUCAAAAGUUGGAUAUGAAGUAAAAUUGGAACCGUCCGAAGAAGAUCAAUUGCCUGUUGCGCAUAAUAACUCCCAUGAAGGUCACAACAAUCAUGUACAACGAGCAUCCUCGAGUAGUAGUGUUCAACACAUGCAAGAACGUAGGACGGCUGCAAAUGCUACAAAUGCUUUAUAUAUUGGUGAAUUGAACUGGUGGACCACUGACGAAGACCUUCGUAAUGUUGCUCGUGAGGUUGGGGUUGCGAAUGAUGUGACUGAAAUCACCUUUUAUGAACAUAAAGUGAACGGAAAAUCUCGAGGUGUUGCAUACGUUGAAUUUACAACGCCAGAAGCGGCAAGCAAGGUUAAAGACAGACUAGAAGAAGUUGAAAUAACCGGUAAAAAAUGUCUUGUGAAUUUUACAAGCUCGGCUAAUGGUAAUCCGUUUAAAACAGUUCCAAAAGAACCUCCACCAAAAGCUUCACGCCAGAUAAUGCAACAGCAAUCUGCUUCACAACAAAGAGCCGCAUCGGGUCUUCCCAUUCGUCCAGUUAUGCGACCGGGUUCACUGGAUUUUCAUCCUCAUCCUCGUAGUGGAUUCAGAGCCGGACAAAUGGUUUCUGGUCCAAGAGACUUUUUCACCCCCCCAAUCGCACCAGCAUAUUCCGGGUUUGCGGCCGGUCGUGGUUCGUAUAUGAAUGGUUUCGCUGGUACCGGAGAUGCAUCUUUUGCCAUGAAUCCAAUGAUGGCACGUGGCGGAAUGAUGGGUAUGAGAAAUCAACAAGUUGGACCUGUUCGCCGUGGAUUAAUGAGCGGUAGAGGUGUAAUGCGCGGAGGAUAUGGUGACGAAUUUAUGGGCGCUAAUAUGGGCGGUUUUAAUACACCGACGGGCCCAGGAUUUCCAGCACCUCACUUUAAUCCAGCAUUUUUUGAUCAAGGAUUUGGCGGCGAAGAUGUACCUGUUGCACCGCGAGGACAAAGAGGUUACGAUGGAGUCACUCAUGGUAUGAAAAGAUCACGUGAUGAUGAUGAUCAUGGACACAUGGAUGGAAGAGGUAAUUUUUGUUAG